AUGUGAAAAUGAGAUGGUUUUAUUACAUAAUAAAAUGUAAAAAGAGGGGCUAUGAAGCAAUACUCAGACAGAAAACCCAUUUUGACGCUCUAACUUCAUCAAAUCAAAUUUCAUUUCAUACCAAAAAUUUAAAGAAAAACACACUUUUCUUCCUCUCUUCGAUUUCUUCACCCUUUCAACCAAUCUCUGCCUCCAAUCAAAACCUCCCAUCAAACCUAAUCAAAUCAACCCCUCAAACUGCUGUAGCCUGUAGAUCUGUAUAAAAUUCCUCCACCAUUUUUCUUCCUCCAAAAUUUCGCUCGAAAACCCAACCCUACCCAAUUUUUUUUGGGUCCCUGUAUGAUACCCUAAGAAAUUUCAGAUUUUUCUUCUCAGGUUUUGUUAGUUUAGGCUUUAAUCGCAACCCCAUUUCAAGAAAUCAUCGUUCGUGGGGUUCGGCUCUAGUUCCCAAUCCAGCGACUCGGAAAAAACCCUAGCUUCGUAGAGUAGUGUGCAGCUUCUUGUACAUUCUUUUUGCGUAGAAUAAUAUUUUUUGGAGAGUUUUUGGCUUUGAAUCGGUGGUAUGAACAAUAGAGCGAGAUACCCACCUGGGAUCGGGCUAGGAAGAGGUGGUGGAGGUUUGAACAACACCAACCCUGGGUUUCAACCAAGGCCACAUCAACAACAGUAUGUGCAGAGACACAUGGUGCCACAUCAGCACCAACAUCAGCAUCAGCAUCAAAAUCAGUAUCAGCAGCAGUACCAGCAGCAUCACCAACAUCAGCAGCAGCAGCAACAACAACAGUGGUUGAGAAGGACCCAGUUGGGUGGUACUGACACCAACGCUGUUGAGGAGGUUGAGAAGACUGUACAGUCGGAAGCUGUUGAUCCAAGUUCACAAGAUUGGAAGGCAAGACUAAAGAUUCCGCCACCUGAUACACGUUAUAAGACAGAGGACGUGACAGCUACUAAAGGAAAUGAAUUUGAAGAUUACUUUUUGAAGCGUGAGCUGCUUAUGGGAAUAUAUGAGAAGGGUUUUGAAAGGCCUUCUCCCAUUCAAGAAGAAAGCAUUCCAAUUGCUCUUACUGGUAGUGACAUUCUGGCUAGAGCUAAAAAUGGAACAGGCAAAACAGCUGCAUUUUGUAUUCCGGCAUUGGAAAAAAUUGAUCAGGAUAAUAAUGUUAUUCAGGUUGUUAUAUUGGUCCCAACAAGAGAACUGGCUUUGCAAACAUCUCAAGUGUGUAAAGAGCUUGGAAAACAUUUGAAAAUUCAAGUUAUGGUUACAACAGGCGGUACCAGCUUGAAAGAUGACAUUAUGCGUUUAUAUCAACCAGUUCAUUUGCUAGUUGGAACUCCAGGAAGAAUAUUAGAUCUUGCAAAGAAGGGUGUUUGCAUUCUGAAAGAUUGCUCUAUGCUUGUUAUGGAUGAGGCUGAUAAGCUUCUCUCCCCAGAGUUCCAACCUUCAGUGGAGCAGCUGAUUCAAUUUCUCCCUUCAAAUCGUCAAAUCCUGAUGUUUUCAGCUACAUUUCCUGUUACUGUAAAGGACUUCAAGGAUAGAUAUCUUCGUAAGCCAUACGUCAUUAACCUUAUGGAUGAGCUUACUCUGAAGGGUAUUACACAAUUUUAUGCAUUUGUGGAAGAGAGGCAGAAAGUCCAUUGCCUAAAUACCCUUUUCUCUAAGCUGCAAAUAAACCAGUCAAUCAUCUUCUGCAAUUCUGUGAACCGGGUUGAACUUCUGGCCAAGAAAAUCACAGAACUUGGUUAUUCAUGUUUCUAUAUUCAUGCAAAGAUGUUGCAAGACCACCGUAAUAGAGUAUUUCAUGACUUCCGCAAUGGUGCUUGCAGAAAUCUUGUUUGUACUGAUCUUUUCACUAGAGGAAUAGACAUCCAAGCAGUCAAUGUUGUUAUUAAUUUUGAUUUUCCAAAGAACUCAGAAACUUAUCUGCACAGGGUUGGUCGUUCAGGGAGGUUUGGGCACCUAGGUUUAGCUGUUAACUUGAUCACCUAUGAGGAUCGUUUCAAUUUAUAUAGGAUUGAACAAGAACUUGGCACUGAAAUAAAACAAAUUCCACCACACAUUGAUCAGGCAAUAUAUUGCCGGUGACUGGUGGUAACUACCCGUGUGUAUUCACAGCCAAGGUGAAUAGCACUGGUUGAUGUAAUUGUUGUUCUAGCAGGUGUGAAUGCUCUGUAUGAGGAAGCACACUAAGAAAAUUGGGGUAUUGUCAGACCCUUUGUUGAAUGAAUGCUUUUUCGUUAAUUUCUGCAUUUUGAAAGCUCUGAAACAGUAUUUUUAGGACCUUCAGAGAGUUUAAUAUUGGCUUUCACAUACCAGAUAAAUGCUGGGUCCAGUUUGGGUUUCCAUGGAUUAUAUUUGCAAAUGUGUUUGUUACCAAGUAUUGUUACUCCAGAUUUUUCCAUUUCAUCAGUAAUCCUUUUAACUGUUUAGGAAUGCACCAUACUAUGAAGAUGUCCUUAUUCUAUUAUGCUGUUGUAUUUACCUUUGUGGGUUAAAGAUUUUUUGUCUUCAUAGGAAUUUCUAUAUAUGCUCAUAUUAUGUUAUGGUUCAUGGUGAUCAUGGCUUAUCCGUAAUUUCUUUUGGCAUUGUAUUUGAAAUGAUCAUUGCCAGUUGAAGGGCCUUGAUUGCAUGAGUGCUAGCAGAUGAUUGUAGCAGCAAUGAUAUGCUAUGAGUAGGCUUUGAUGUAUGUUCAUGAAUGUUUUAGUUGGAAUGUAUCACAUUUCCAUUUGUCUUUUACUUUUUAGUUGUAGCAUUGCUUUUGAUGCUGUAGCAUUGCUUUUGAUGCUGAUUUUACUUUUCCUUGUAGGGAAGUUUUGCUAAGUGAAAUUUUUAAAAAAUUGACUGUUAUGUUUUAAUGUUACGGUAAUGCAAAACAAGUUGGCAUUGAUCACGCGAAAUGGAUUUGUGUUUAUUGCAUUGCUUGAAACAUAACUUACAGGAGUUUUCUUCAAAAUUCACCAAAAAAUUUAGGGUUAUUUAGUUUUAGAUGUUUUUAUUUUAAUUAUAAUUUUUUUCACUUUAUUUUCUUUCUGUUUUUUCUGUUUAAAGAUUUGUACUAAAAAAAUCAUAAUAGAAAAAAAAAGUCAAUUUUCAAUGAUCUUUGUAUAAUUUUAAAAAAAUAGGAAAUAAAAUGAAAACAAGCAGGCUCUUAUUCCUUACUUUGUAUAGAAAUGUUUGUUUUAAAAUGCAGUAAUGUUAGUAUCCUUUCGUGUGAAUUACAGCUUUUGAAGAUAAAACAAUUUUAGGAAUACAAUUCUCAAUUAUGUGUAUUAUGGUUAAACGCCAUAUGAAGGUGGAUACACGGUAUCAUUUUAUGAAUUAGAUUUGAAAUUUUACUAACAUUAUGAAACACCACUUUUUGUUAGAGAAAACAAAGGUAGAAGAUUAAU